UCCUCUUCUCGGAGGGAGAGGUUGGGCCAAGAUGGCUGCUCCCGCGGCUUUGGGGCAAAGCCUGGAGCAGCAGUCGCCGCCGGUGCCCGCACUCCUGCUCUCGGUGGAUUUGUUGCAAACACAUGUUAAAGUUGAAAAUGAAGAUGAUGUACAGUUCGUGUCUAUUAGCCAUAAGGAAGUAGAUGAGGAUGAACCAUUUGUGAAAGUUAGAAAAUCUACGAAAAGCAGAAAGCCCCGUUAUGACGGAUCUCUAGUUCAACUGACCAGGAGAUUCAUGGAUCUUGUCAAAACUGCUCCAGAAGGUGUCCUUGAUCUGAACGAGGUAUCUCGUAUGCUGGGAGUGCGAAAACGAAGAGUGUAUGAUAUCACAAACGUGUUGGAUGGAAUACACCUUAUUCAGAAAAGAUCCAAGAAUCUUAUCCAGUGGGUUGGAUCAGAUAUUAAGCAGAUUACCAAAAGAACACCCGCACAACAAAAGUUAAGAGAUGAACUUUAUGAUUUAACAGCAAUGGAAGAAGCAUUGGACGAAUUAAUUAAGGAUUGUGCUCACCAGCUGUUUGACGUAACAGAUGACAAAGAAAAUGCAAGACUAGCUUAUGUGACCUAUCAAGAUAUCCGUAGCAUUCAGACAUUUCAAGAACAGAUCAUUAUUGCGAUCAAGGCGCCAGAAGAAACUAAAAUGGAGAUACCAGCUCCUAAAGAAGACUGUAUAGAAGUACGCAUAAGGAGCACAAAGGGACCCAUUGAUGUUUAUUUAUGUGAGGUGCCAUUAGAUAAUCCAGAUGCUGAUGCUUUGAAAAACACAGAGAACCUUUCAUGUGAAAAUAAAUAGGCAGCAGCUGAUGUUGGAGUGAGCAACAUGAGGAUUGUUGGAUUACUAAAGCAUUUGAUUUCUGAACUUCAGCUUCAUGGACUUGCUAGGGUUUUACUUCACUAUGGGCCAGUGCAAAUGUAAAAAGUUUUUCUCUUUACUGCAUUUAAAAGAUGAAGAGCAGACUGGAAUUGUGGUAUCUCUCUCCCCAGAUCUAAUAUCCGGCUUCCAACUUUUCCAUUGGUAUAAAAGUUAAGGAUAAACAAUCAUCUUUCCCUCACUGUCACCCCUUAAAGUAGCAUUUGUGCUCUGGAAUAAUGUGUUCUGAAUUAAAUUACAAAAUAAAAGUGCUAUCAUGUAAGACAGCCUUAAGUUAGAUUUUGAAAAUGUGGCUUAGGUUUCUCUCUUUAUAAAGAGCAUGUAUGUAUAUAAGUAGCUGCCCUAAUCUGUUUCAUGUGUCUAUAGAUGGCCUCUCUUGCAGCUUAAUGAAUGGAAGUGGUAAUGAACACGAAGUAUUUAUAAUUAGCGCUUUAAAAAAAAUGCAGCUCUUUAAAAUUGAAUCUGGAGCCAAAUAUAUUCAGUAAGGGACAAUUUUUGAAGAAAUGCACUUUAGUUGCGAAGCUGCACUGUUGCCAAGGGGACCUAUUGAGGCUAUAUUAAAAUGUAAAAAUCUGGAAUGGGAGAUACUUUGCGCAAGACGAAGAGUACAACAGGUUAUAAAAAACACUCUGCACUAUAUUAUGUGGAUGUCCUGUAAAGUCCAUAUGGAACAAUGGCUAUAGGCUUUGAAGAAACGGAAAACCCUUGGAUCGUGUGUAUUGUGUAUCAUGUUUAAAUGGUCACUAAUGCAAAUUAAUGGCAGGCUGAGCAGCUCUUCUGCCUCUGUACAGCAAAACAAAAAUAAACAUGUAAAUAUUAAA